CCUCACGUGCAAUCCCUCUGACCAUUUCCUUUUAAUUUCUUUUUAAUUUAAUUUCUUUUUAUAAUUACUUUAUCUUAUUGAUCCCUCAUUUUUCUUUUCACUCACCGAGUUCAGAUCCCCCGGAGACAACUCACUCACGACGGCGCUUCUUCCCCAACUCGCUAGGGUUCCGGCGAACUUCCGUUUCCAUUUAUCCUAUUAAACGUUAACUCUUCUCAAUCUCGCCGUUGAUAUGGCAUCGGAAGACGUCGUAGGGAAGACCAGCGCCACCAUCGCUAACAUCGCCGAAGAAGCGAAGAUUGCGAGUGUAGGUGUCAAGGCUCCGAGCCGUCAAACGUUGCUCGGAAUCUGCAAAUCUCUCGUCGCCGGAGGUGUUGCCGGUGGAGUAUCGCGUACUGCUGUUGCUCCUCUGGAACGAAUGAAAAUUCUGCUCCAGGUUCAAAAUCCGCAUGCAAUCAAAUACAAUGGAACUAUUCAGGGACUAAAAUAUAUAUGGAGAACAGAGGGUUUGAGAGGAAUGUUUAAAGGAAAUGGCACUAAUUGUGCACGCAUCGUCCCAAACUCUGCUGUCAAGUUCUUUAGCUAUGAAGAGGCAUCCAAGGGAAUCUUGUGGCUAUAUCGACAGCAACCUGGAAAUGAGGAUGCUGAACUCACCCCUCUCUUACGCCUCGGAGCUGGUGCGUGCGCUGGAAUAAUUGCCAUGUCAGCAACUUAUCCAAUGGACUUGGUUCGAGGACGUCUUACCGUCCAGACUGAUAAAUCUCCUAGCCAAUAUAGAGGAAUUGCACAUGCUCUUACAACAGUACUCCGUGAAGAAGGCCCGCGUGCAUUAUACAAAGGAUGGCUUCCUUCUGUCAUUGGUGUUGUACCAUACGUGGGGCUUAAUUUUGCGGUAUACGAAUCCUUAAAAGACCAUUUGGUGAAAACAAGACCGUUUGGACUAGUUGAAGACACCGAGUUGAGUGUGACAACUAAGCUCGCGUGUGGGGCUGUUGCUGGAACCAUUGGUCAAACAGUUGCAUACCCACUUGACGUCAUACGCAGAAGAAUGCAAAUGGGUGGUUGGAAAAAUGCUGCUUCAGUUGUUACCGGUGAAGGAAAGUCACCCCUUGAGUACACUGGAAUGAUUGACGCAUUUAGGAAAACCGUUCGUUAUGAGGGUUUUCGUGCUUUGUACAAGGGUUUAGUCCCUAACUCGGUCAAGGUGGUUCCAUCAAUAGCCAUUGCAUUUGUGACAUAUGAGGUGGUUAAGGAUGUACUCAAGGUAGAGAUGAGGAUAUCCGAAUAAAACAAUGCAUUCUUACUAUAUAUUUUUUAUUCAACAUUCGGGAUAGUUUAUGCGUGCAAAAGGGUAAAUCGGCAAGUAAAGGGUUUUGUUCUUUAAUCUCAUUUACAUAAAGAGAUUUAGAACUAGCCCGUGUUGAUAUGAUCAAGUGGAUACCCGUAUGCACCUUGGGCAUGCUUUUCUGUUAGCUGUAGUUUUGUUAUUUAAGGCGUUUUUCAUUCGUAUGUAUGAACUCAAAUAAGGAAAUGCUCAGAGUUGAGGCUCCAGCCCGGUUGGGAAGUGAUAAUACUAUCUUAUCGAUUAGUAGUGUUAACAUAUAAUACAUAUGUUAUGGAGUUUAUAUGUUGGUUUUGGUUUAUAUCAUCCUGGUUAGCAAUAUAUGUCAACUUUUCUUGAGAUAAGUUGGUUUCAGCUUGUGUGAUUCAACUUUGAACAAUGUAUUGAACCGGGAAACCCGGACACCUGACUGGUUUGGUUGGCAUGCUUUGAAUCAACGUUUGUUGGAUCGGCCGGA